GUCGGUACAUACCAGUGAUUCCACAACCCUUAAAAUUUUAUUGAAACCCCAGGGGGGAUGGUACGUUCCCAAUAAUAUCAACUAUCGAACUGUCCACAGUUAUAUAAUUUGUAUGUCGCAGCUAAGGUGUACGACAAGCAAACUUUGAUCACGAAGGGAGUUUAAAACCACUUUUUUUCAAAAGAAAAAAUGAAGUUUUACAUCGCCUUGCUGCUGUGCGGUUUCUCAGCUGCAUUGAAAAAGGAGAAUGAGAAAAUGCAACUUGUUGCUGAGUUCAAUGGAAGGAAAAUAAGAGGUUCUAUAUUGUUUACACAAGAAGACAUGGAAAAUGUUACCAUUUCUUUCAAAGACCUAACCAUUUCUCCAGGUUCAAAGAUUGCCAUACAUAAGUUUCCUAUGAAGUAUGUGGGCCUGCCAAAUGAAAGCUGUAGCACAAACAACAUCGGUGAUAUAUUUUAUCCUGAGAACUGUCCUGAAAAUAUAUCUAGAUGUUAUUUUGAUGAUUUGUCUAAAAAUCCUAAAGUCAUGGUUUCAGGAAAAAACAGUAUAUUUGGCCGAAGCAUAGCCAUACAUGACAAAAAUGACAAUAUUUUGGCAUGCUCAACAAUAAAGUCAAAAAAAUCUCAUUCAUUAUUUUUGGUUGGUGUUUUCCAAUCCACUUUAAAUGGAAUUGCUGGGACAAUUGUUUUGGGUCAACCAGCAAGUAACCCUGCUGCAGACACAAUGGUUGACAUUAACUUGCAACUUGUUGAUCCGAGAAGUGAACCUUUAACUGGACUGUCUUUUGGUGUUUACGUUAGUACUACCUCUAGUACAGUAGAAGGUUCCUGUAAAGGUCUAAAAAAUAUGUUCAACCCCUUUGGCAAAACAUCAUGUGAUCAAAGAAGACAUAGCACAUGUGCCAUAGGUGACUUGAGUGGAAAACUUGGCUACUUAGAUGUGCCAUUACCAGGAGGCAAGAACCAAUACCAAUUCUUUAUUGAUUCUAAUCUACCACUUUCUGGAGAGAACUCGGUUAUGGGUAACUCGCUUGUGAUAAUGCAGAAUGGCCAACUACUGAUUUGUGCCAAACUUCAACAAUUCCAGGAAAUGAUCACAGAAGUAACUUUAGGAGAAGCUGGGAUCGUAAGGUUCAAUCAGGGAUCAUUUUAUUCACCUCCAACGGUAAAUGUGAGCUUGGGUAAUGAGUAUGAUGACGAUCUGUUUAUGAACUUGCACCUACUCCUCCUGCAUGUGACAAAAGUAAACUGGGAGAUAAGAUCAUAUCUUUUCUAA